AUGCCUCCGAUGGCUACCAGCGGUUGUGUCCGAAUCCACGGUCUCGACGGAGGGGUAGAUCCCCAAGUCAACCACACUCAGCGCAAAUCGCAGCUCGUCCCUACCACUCCCAAUAGCAGACUAGGACUCCAUGGUUACUAUCGUGAUGUUCUGGGCUUGCCCAACAAUUUCAACACGCUCCGAUCCCAAUCUGAACAUCCCCAAGAGUAUAACGAAUCCGAAUUUAAGCAGCAUUAUAUCGACGUUGAGGAAUCCGAUACCGGUGACAAGGUUCUUAAACACGCAAACCGUCCUACCAACCUAUCACUUAUAGGGCCAGCAUCGCCCAUGUUGCGUCCGCAACAGCUGAACGAUUCGAAACGUCAAGUCUCUGCCCUAUACAGGUCCGAAGAUGCGAGAAAGACGACCAUCUUCCAAUCUCAACAUCCUCCAGACCGGUGGCUGCACGCACCAGGGAAGUCGAACUUCGCGCAAUAUAAUGCCUACCUCGACAACGAAAAGCCGCUCGGACAGCAACAUGUCAGUUGCUGUAAUCAUGAGAAUAUCCCAGACCUCGACUACUGUCUGACGCCCAAUCAAGUACACGUGAACGCAUCUUCCUUUGAGCUUGUGCCUGCACCCGGAAGAGAACUUGAGCCUAACUUCGGAUUCAAGUCCAGCCCCGAAAUGACAUUGCCGUCUGAUCCUGACGCAGUGUACGAGAAAUCGGUUUGCUCAGAUCCCGCCAAUAUUGAAGCACUGCAGACGUCACCGCCGGAAAAGCCAUCCCCUAGAAGAGCGACGCGGUCUGAGCCGGGAAGUUCUCACAGCCGUCGUCGCCGCGCCAAAGUAAGAGCUCAAUACUUGCGUGAGCGCAGCUGCCGCAGCGCGUCGGUGCCCAUUGAGCAAUCCACCGUGGCAAGCGCGGGAAGCUUUCCGGUUCUCACCUCCGAGGAACUCAGACCAAAGCGUAAGCACUGCACAUUCGUGCAAGAGCAAGAACUGAAGUGUCUCUUCGAGGAUCGCGUGGGGACGCCACAUCUAAGCGAGCGGCAGCCUGGCGACGACGUGAACGCCCAGCUCGACGUGGACGAGCUUAGCGUGGGGGGAGAGGUUGCGGCGUUAAGUAUCGAAGAUGAGGCCACGCAAGGACUUACUGCUUUCGCGAUUACGGACAUCCCGGACGAGGAACUGAGUUUGAGUUGA